GUGUAUGAAUUGACGGAAUCAGCCAAUCACAGCCAGCUUUCUAACGUGCAGAAAAAACAGAAGUUGUUGUCCUUUUUCAUCGAGCUGUAACCCCCCGAAAUGGCGGCUAUGGAGAGCUCUUCAGUGUACAUGUGCUUCCCCUGCUACCAGGAAUUUAACACCCUGGAAGAAGUACUUAAGCAUCAGUUGACAUGCACUGCUGAAGAUGAUGGGCAACCAGACACAUCAGGAGCCACCUCUGUCACUGUUCCAGUGCUACAAACUCAUCAACAGGUAAUAAAUAUAUCAAAGACAGUAGCAGCUUCACAGAUUCAAAUCCAAGCAGAUCAUCCAGCUGUUCAUGCCAUAAAGACCUCAGUCAAACAGACAAUAGCUGGUGUCAAGGCCCCUUCAGACCAGCCCAGGAUCCUCUACCAGUGUGGGGACUGUGAUGAACUUUUCAAGAGCCUGGACCUUUGGCAGCUACACCGUAAAGAAGAGUCAUGUCAGCAGUCUGCCCCUGGGAGCAAGUCAAAACCUGAUUCACAACCUGAGCCAGAGACCUCUACAGCACAGGCCCCAACGUCGCCGCUAAAUCCAGAUGACUUUUCUCCUUUCAAGGAUAGCACCAUCAAGAUUCUUAACGCUGAACCAGGGGAGAAAUCUGUAGCCGUGGAGGAGGAGCAGCAAGUUACAGAGGCUGCAUUGGCAGAAAGCUCUGAUCCUCCUGCUUCUGAGGCUCAAGCUUCAACCUCUAAUCCAGAGUAUUCAUCUCCCAAAAGGAGAGGAGCUAACAAAAAGCCCAAACCUGAACCGGUGCUCCUUUGUGUGGACUGUGGCUCGUGCUUUGGUCUAGUAUCUGAACUUGUGGCCCACCGUAAGACCCAACACGGCUUUGAGGAAGCCCUGCACCACUGCUCUGUAUGUGGGGAGAGCUUUCUUAACACCACUCUGUUCCUUUACCACCGCAAACAACACCGACAGAAGGGCGAAGAGAAGCUAGAGAUAGUGGUUCCUGUAGAGAUUUCAGAAGAAGUUUGUUCUCAGACCAACGGAACUGAUGAGGUGACCCAACCCAGUAGCGCCACUGUCACUUUUACUCAACCUGAACUGUUCAUGUGCACAGAGUGCGGUGAGAGCUUCAGCGAGGAGUCAGGGCUGUUAACACAUCGGAAGGCAAAGCACGGCCUACAGGAGCCAGUGCACACUUGCUCUCAAUGUGGUGUCGGCUUCAUGAACACGACCCAGUACCUGUACCAUCGCAGGCAGCACAGAAUCACAUCAGGGACAGAGGUAGCAGAUGGAGCCACAACUAGUGAGGAUACAGCUCAGGAUGCCCCACAGAGUUCAAAGCGACGUCUUUCCCUCUCGGCCUCCACUGCUGAGUCAGGUUCUCCCCUUCAGAAGAGGAGCAGGCCCUCCUUCAGAGUCGUGAGUGCAACGCAAAAAGGAAACAAGGAGGAAUCGGAAGGUUGUACAACUACCGAAUCCGACACCACCAACCUCCCUCCGCCUGCUAAACUGCUGCAGGACUGGUCCCGCACCCCAUUACCUCACGUUUGUCCCUACUGUGGCAAAACCUUCACUCGACGUGUCUUCCUCCGCACACACGUCUACAGCCACACUGGAGAAAAGCUCUUCACGUGCAAGGUUUGCCAAAAGUCCUUCACGAACUCCCACAGCCUGCUGCGCCACAGCAUGAGCCACACUGGCACAAAGCCCUUCAGCUGCGAUGUGUGUGGUAAAAACUUCUCCCAGGCAGCAACACUAAAGAGACACCAACGCAUUCACUCAGCAGCGCUGCCUCGGCGCAAGCGGGGACGCAAACCGGUGUGUACUCUGGACAACGAGGGGGCAGCUCAUCUGUUUCCUUGUCCUAAUUGUCCUUCACGGUUCAACACUGAGGAUCAACUUAAUCAUCACAAAUUGCUCCACACCAGCCACCCAUUCCCUUGCCCUGAGUGUGGAGAGGCCUUCAAACGUCGUAGGGACCUUGACCUUCACUCACUCACUCAUCAAGACAAGAAGCCAGCAAUGUGUCCUCACUGUUCAUCCCAGUUUGUGAACCAAGCGGUGCUGGAAAUUCACCUGCAGCGCUGUCCGACGACAGACGAGGACAGGAAUACUGGCCGUGGACGAGGACAGGGCCGAGGGCGCUCCACUGGGCAGAUUGAAUGUGACCUAUGUGGCCACCGUUGCAUGACCCAAGAGGGCCUCGACCUCCACCGGUUGUCCCAUACGGGCCAAACUCCUCUCAAAUGCCCAGUGAGGCCUUGUCGUCGCCGUUUUACCUCGAACAGCCUCCUGGAGGAGCAUGUGUUGGCCCAUUUCCAAGGAACUCUGACCAAGUCCAAAAACCGAACCCGCUUUCGCUGUCAGAUUUGCCACAAGGAAUUUGCCUACAAUUCCACUUUCAAUGUUCACAUGAGGACUCAUACUGAUGAGAGGCCCUUUGAGUGCGCCACAUGUGGCAAGCGCUUCCGCCAGCUGCCCCAUCUGCAAGACCACGAGCGAAUCCACAGCGGCCUGCGGCCAUUCUGCUGCUGGAUUUGUGGCAAGAGCUUUAGCGUGGCCGCCCGACUCACCGAGCACGCCCGUACACACAGCGGCGAGAAGCCCUACCCCUGUCCACACUGCCCAGCCGCCUUCCGUUCUCGCUCCAACCUGGAUAAACACAUCCGACUGCAUGGAGACCUGCCUCCAGAAACCACAGAGCAGGCUGUGCACGAGGCCGAGGCUGCUCAUGUCCAGAAAGUACUAGAGGGGGCCAAGGUCCUGUCUUCCUUGGCCGCCACAGGUGAGAUUGACUCUGGCGCUGUGCAGACCAUCUACGUUCUGCAGGGGGCCGAAGGGGGAACUGAGACAGUCAUGAUCCCAUCAGAUCAGAUCACCGGCAUGGAAGGCACCUCACAGGUCGUCAUCCUGCCUUCCUCGGUUCUGGGAACUCAAGCCAUUACAGUUCCCACUAUAACAAUGGAUGGCAAUGAAAUUACAAUGGUGGAGGCAGGCCAGUCGCCGCAGCAUGCCAUUGAGUUCAUUGUGGAGGAAACUGUAUGAAGGCUGAAUGCUGCAUUCAGCUACUGUUGAAAGAACUGAGGAAAAGGCAAUACAAUGGAAAAGGACUGAUUAGUUCACUAUAUAGACCUGUUGAUGACGUGUAAUAAUUUGAUGUGACGGAAACGCAAUUAUUUCCUUAAGUGCGUAGCCAAGUCUUAUCGUACCUAGAAGAAUAUACAAUUUUACCACUUUUCAUGAAAUAAUGUGAGUUAAUAUUAAAGGGUUGAUAAGCAGUUGAAAUAGUGUAGUUUAAGAAAUUUGUCUUUGAUUGUAAUUGAAAAGUGUGCUGUAAAAUUGGCCAUCUGCUGUACACAGACUUUUAUUUAUAGUUCCUGAUAGACUGAUGUUGGCCCGUGAAACGUCUCCUGCUUUCUUUAUAAUAAAACGCUUCAGCUGUCA